UCCAUUGUAUAUCCCGUUUCUAUCUCCUACCCUAACCACCUACCCCUGUCACCCUACCUUACAAUCAGAAGACACAGCAGUGGAGAAGAUACGUUACACGGCAAACCGUUCUGUCCCAGCCCUGAGCUUAACAUGCAUUAUCUGGACGUUAUACCGAUGGACAAGAAUGGCACCAAGACAUGGCCACCCAAGAUGAUCUGGCAGAGACCCAACUCCCCUCAACCUCCAACCCUAGGCACAGGUGGACCACCAUCAGGAGGGAGUGGGGGUAGUCCCGGAGGUAGCACCCACCAACUCUGGCAUCACCAAUCACCAUCCAUAGAACAUCUCAAUGUCCACGCCCCUCUCACACCCCAAUGGAGCGAUCCCCUCUCCCUUCGGCAGCCUUCUGUCUGGGCCCCUAGCUCCACACCUGUCUCUCCCUCUGGCUCCAUGAAUGCCAUUGCUACAUCUUCUACCGCUACCAGUCACAGUCAAGGGGCGUCGCCCAAUCUCUCCAUCAGGGGACAUCCCAAGCUUGAUAGGCGCUAUGCAUACACCUAUAAUAAUCAGAGUUAAUCUUUAAACUCAGCUCAGUGUCCUAUAUGCACAGGGUUUAUUUUUAAGGCUAAAUUGAUUGCAUAGUGAUCUUCAAAUUGGCAACAAUAAUUCUUUUUCUUCUUCAUAGUUAAAAUAAAAUGUGAUGUCUCCGAAAACAAUCUGCAUGGGCAAGAAUGUUGUAGGAAAGUGGAGAAAAAAAAUGCCAAUUUUGAUUGAAAAACAAUGAUUUUGAAUCUCUCAUUGAGUUGCCAAGUUAAAGAUUUUAAUGCUUAUUUUCUUUUUUUAAUUCCUGGCAUCAUACACAAUAUAUUCUUGAAACGAGAAUGUUGUGAGUAGAAAUGUUUGGCCUUUCUACUUGUGCAUGUGGCAUAUGUUUGUUAGGGCUCUGAAUCAAAAGUUAUUGAGCCAAACCGUAAAAUGUGGAGUGAUUGUCACAAAUGGGGUUAAGAAAGUCUAAUUCUGAUUUUAUCAUUCUGUAUGUUGCAUCAUCAGGUAAAUCAUUUUGACUAUGUACUAGCACUGUAGAGAUUUACUCGUGAAAAAAACGAUGUAUUUUUGUCAUGGUCAUAGUCGGAUCAAAAUAACUUUCCACCAACCCUUUUUGUCCAAACAGAAUCCGAGUAAAUCAUAUAAAAGUCCAUACUUGCUAUAGCAGGUUGUUUCAGACAGAGAUGGGCAGUUUCAGAGGUUUUAGGUGCUACAUGGUUAGAAGUGUAUCUCCAACCUCACCUUUAUUUCCAUACAUACAAAUCAAUGUCGGAUUCCAAUGUUAUGAUUUGAAAGAAGAUACUUCUUAUGCCUCCUAUAUAUAAGUCCUGUGUACAACUCUACAUUACACUGGCUACUUUUGUCCUGAAAGUCAUUCUUCGAAAACAUUGCAUGGAUUGUAUAUCUAAUGCAUCUCUCAAGUUGUUAGUAUGCAAAGCAGAUGUGAAGUCAAAGACCCAUGUACCUUGCUCUCCUAUUUAACAUUUGUGUUAGUAAUUGCCAUAUGCCCUCAUGGUGACCAUAUGGU